UCGGGUUACAGUGCGCAGUGGGCUGGACUCCGCUCCAAAAGAACUUCACUCAUUUCACAACGCAACGACUUGGAGCGGCUCAACAAUAGUCCUAGUUAAAACAGAAGGAUAGUGAAGGACUUGUCUAAGUUUAGUUCAGGCUGAUCUUUACUGUCUUCCUUUUCAACGGAACUAAGGUCCAUCGGGAAGUGGACUCCACCAGCACUCCGCAGCCAUGAGUUCCCAGAAUACAUAUGGUAGCAGCAUGUUCCAGACGAUGGACGAGGACCUGAAUGCGUCUCUGGCCCAGGCUGAUGAGUUAUCCAGAGAGUUUACCUCUCUGUUACAGGGGGUAACCCCCAGCACCCAGUCUGUUUCUCAGACUCCAUCUGAUGCUGCGAUCCCCAGAGAAAAACCCCAGCCAUCAACCUCAGAGAAACAGACAGGAGGCAGCAGCAGCUCUGUCCCCUACUCCCCCAGCUCUCUCCCCUUCUCCCCCAGCUCCAGCUCUCUCCCCUUCUCCCCCAGCUCCAGCUCUCUCCCCUUCUCCCCCAGCUUCAGCUCUCUCCCCUACUCCCCCAGCUUCAGCUCUCUCCCCUACUCCCCCAGCUCCAACCUGGAUGUCAUGGUCUCUAGCAGUAAGGCGACGCCCUCCUCCCCUUCCCAGGCACAACGAGACAGAUACUCUCUCUCUCCGUCCUGUCAUUCUGGAGGUUAUGACCCCAACUACUCCUAUGGUCAGCUGACCCCUCCCAACCAAUCACCUCGUACCCAGCGUCGUGCGUCUCCUUCUCCGUCUCGCCAAAUGACCUACGACCGCAGCCCGCGAGGAUCAAUCAGCUAUGUUGAUUCAAACCACUCCCCUCCUUCCCCAGCUCCUGGCUACGAUCAAUCACAUCGGGGGAGGGUACUACCCUCACACUCCUUGUCCAAUCUGCUGUCCCCGUAUGAUUCUGCUACGAUGGGUCGGACAUCACCACGACUGGGCCGAAGCCACUCCCCUUCCCAGUUCAGCCAACCAGCAGCACCCAGCACCCUGCCACGGAAUUUUGUGCCUUUCAGCCAAUCUGAUGAAGUCAUGCAGAGACAGAAGAGCCCAGGUAAAUGGAACGAGACCGAUCUGGACGUGGCAUCUCAUAAGAAGAAACCCCACCACACCUACGACAAGACUGAGUGGCUGAGACCGUUGGUGCCAAACACUAACUGGAGAGAAUCUAACCUGGAUGGCCCUUCCCCUUCCAAGAAGGACACCCUCCCUCGUUCCCACCAGUCCACCCACGCAUCUCUCCCCCGUAACACCCGUAUCACUGUCCCUCCUGACUCAUCCUCCCUCUACCACGCCCCUCCCCAACCAAUCAUAUCCCGUAUCUCCAUCCCCCCUUCCUCCUCCUCUUCCCAGCCCCCCCGUCAGCACAGACCCAUCCCUCUCUCCGUCAUCAUGCGACUCCAGAACCCUUACUGGGCCUCGUCUGCCCUCCACCCCCGGGCCCUGGGGACCGAGAGGGACGUGGGUUUGUUCCGCCAGGCUGUACCCAGAGAGUAUAGGGAUUACCUGGAGUACAGAGAGUACCAGACCCAGCAACAGAUCCAGCCACAGACCCGUGAACUCAGGCAGCCAGCCUACCACGAGGAAGUGCUGAACCCAGGUGAUGUUGACAUUGAGUUGGAACGACUGGACCCAAUUCAUCAAAGUCCCAUAGCCCCUGACCCAGCUCUCCCAGAGAGAGAGAGGGAGACAGAGAGAGGAGGAGGAGGAGGAGGAGGGGAAUCCCAGGCGGUGGCCCCCAGGCCCCUCAGCCCGUCCAGGCUGCAGCCAGUGGUGGCUCCAGAGAGCCCAGAUGUCCCUGACAUGGAAGAGCUCUUCCGGAUUCGCUCUGAGAUCCCCCGAGCCCUGAAGAGGCGCGGCUCUGUGACUCCUAACUCCAAACUUGACCCAAACCCUGAACCAGGGUCACAAGCCCCUGUCCCUGGCCAGCCCCAGAGGAAGCCUGCCACCUUGCAGCCGGACCACAUUCAGAAACAGUACAAACAGAUCAUGAAUAAACUUUUCCGGAGGAAGGGGUUGACGGGCCAGCAAGGCGGAGAGAUGGGGAGCGACUACAGCUCCUCUUCAGAUGGAGAAGGGGACAGCUUUACAUCUCUCUCCCCUGUCACUAACCCUGUCGCUAACCCUAGACCUAACCCUGUCCCUAACACUGGACCUAACACUGGACCUGCUUUGCCAGAGUACAGGGGGUACAAUUCCAUCCUGCGUCGGGCCAGUCGGGAACGAGUGGAUUCUGGUCAGAGGGCUCGGCUCAGCCCUCUGGUUCUACUGCUGGACGGGUCGCUGGUGGGGGAACUGGACACUGUUCAGAGGGCCGUGCAGGAGAUGAGUGACCCGAGCCAGCCGAACGACGAGGGCAUCACAGCCCUCCAUAACGCCAUCUGUGGAGGUCACUACAACGUGGUGGACUUCCUGGUUCGUAUAGGAGCCAACGUCUCCGCCCCGGACAGCCACGGAUGGACCCCCCUCCACUGUGCAGCUUCCUGUAACGACCUUCCUCUCUGUCAGUUCCUGGUGAGGAACGGAGCAGCUGUCAUGGCGGUGACGGAGAGUGAUGGGGCCACAGCCUCUCAGAAGUGUGACCCGUACGCUAUGUGCUUCGAGGAGUGUGAGAGCUUCCUCAGGGGUGUGGAGGAGGCGAUGGGUGUGGAGAACAGCGGGGUGCUGUAUGCCCUGUGGGAGUACCCUGCCCAGGAGGCAGACGAGCUGGGCUUCAGAGAGGGGGACAUGGUGACUAUCCUCCAGAAGCCAGACGGGGUAGAUUGGUGGUGGGCAUCACUUUGUGGCCGAGAGGGAUUCAUACCUAACAACUACUUUGGGCUGUUCCCUAAGGUUCGUCCUAAGUCCCUCUGCUAGACUCCUCUAUCCAAUCAGCCGUCGCCCCGCUGAAUGGCUGGAACUGGAGCAGGAAACUGUUGUUGAACACCUGGGAGGAGAAACCACAUUACGCAGUAUAACCUUUGUUCCUUUGUCCUGCCUGAUUUCACUAAGAAGUGAAGUAGAAUUACAGGACAUGAGUCACUAUAGUGAGAUAUAGGGCAGGUACUAGUGAGACAUAGGGCAGGUACUAGGCAGGAGUGUCAGUAAUGUUAUUACUGGAUUAUACUUCAUGAAUGAUCUCAAUGUGUCACUAUCAUUUAUGUGUCUGAUUUUUAUUGGUAUAUAAAACCUUUCUCUGUCUCUCUUUCUGUCUCUCUCUCUGUCUCUCUCUCUCUCUCUCUCUCUCUCUCUCUCUCUCUCUCUCUCUCUCUCUCUUCUCUCUCUCUCCCUCUCUCUCUCUUUCUCUCUUUUUCUCUCUCUCGAUUUCUUCAAAUGCUUCCUAAAGUAUAUGUCAUUGGUAGGCUACUAAUGUUGUUAUUGUUCUAUGUAACGUUGAUAUAUAUUGCAGUGUUUAAUUUCGGUCAACAAUAUCUAUGACGGAAAGUACUCAAGGACCUCUUCUUUUUUUUCCUUCCUGAUUAAAACUAUGGGGAUAACGAGAACGAGACGCUCUGGGGGGGGGAACAAAACAUAAGUAUUACAAAAAUGACUUCUUAUUUUAGUUGAGGAAAAUGUAACGAGACUUCCACGUCAGACUAAUGGACAUUUGAACAUAAAGCUCCUUUUCAUCUGUUUUGUCCAAUCCUAAGCAUUGCAUGCAGAAUAUUUCACACAAUCCUCUCACUGGAAGAAUUAACAUCUUUCAGUUACGCGAUCAUAUUGAGGUGAUCUGUGUGGCUCUUCCACACAACCACCACUCUUCUGUCACGCUUCAAUCUUUUGAAGCGAUGUGAAGCCGGGACACUUCACUUGUAACUAACCGCCCCUAGAAAUAAUCAUGUUUUACUCUCUCUUACUUUCGUUUAGGCAUAGCAACGAGAACCUCACAACCCUAGCAUUGCAAGCGCCAUGAGCCACACCGUCACAAGCCUACUUGCUGUCUCAAUAUACUCAAUUACUAUAUUGUACAUUGUUUUUUUUUCUUCACAGUGAUGGUAAGUCUUAACAGGUACAAACCGGUUCUGCAACAGUAUCUUGCAGGAUUCAGAUGUUGGAAGGGUAAGAGUUGUUUCCCAGUCCUCUUUCUCUGUGAUGUCAUCUCUAAUGGAAUCCAGAAAGAACUAAAACCCCAGUUCUCUUUCUCUGUGAUGUCAUCUCUAAUGGAAUCCAGAAAGAACUAAAACCCCAGUUCUCUUUCUCUGUGAUGUCAUCUCUAAUGGAAUCCAGAAAGAACUAAAACCCCAGUUCUCUUUCUCUGUGAUGUCAUCUCUAAUGGAAUCCAGAAAGAACUCAAACCCCAGUUCUCUUUCUCUGUGAUGUCAUCUCUAAUGGAAUCCAGAAAGAACUAAAACCCCAGUUCUCUUUCUCUGUGAUGUCAUCUCUAAUGGAAUCCAGAAAGAACUAAAACCCCAGUUCUCUUUCUCUGUGAUGUCAUCUCUAAUGGAAUCCAGAAAGAACUAAAACCCCAGUUCUCUUUCUCUGUGAUGUCAUCUCUAAUGGAAUCCAGAAAGAACUAAAACCCCAGUUCUCUUUCUCUGUGAUGUCAUCUCUAAUGGAAUCCAGAAAGAACUAAAACCCCAGUUCUCUUUCUCUGUGAUGUCAUCUCUAAUGGAAUCCAGAAAGAACUAAAACCCCAGUUCUCUUUCUCUGUGAUGUCAUCUCUAAUGGAAUCCAGAAAGAACUAAAACCCCAGUCCUCUUUCUCUGUGAUGUCAUCUCUAAUGGAAUCCAGAAAGAACUAAAACCCUGUCCUCAAAUAUUACAUCAAAAGGUGCAAAGUUAUGGGCGAAAACACGAAACAUCCGAUUAACAUCAAAUUAAAUAUAUUUUUCUUGAUCGAAUAAUAUGGAAAACAACCACUUUUUGUGCGGUAUUAAAUUUACCAUUCUUACAAAACCUCUUAAUCAAAAUAUACAUUAGUGUAUUGUAUAUAGGCUGGUCAUCUAGGUUUUGUACCUGUACACUUUUCAUCACCAUGGAGAUAAAACAACGCACAAUAAGUGAUUUGUGAUGGUGUGGCUCAAUUGGUAGAGCACGUUGCUUGCAAUGCUAGGGUUGUGGGUUCGAUUCCCACGGGGGGGGUCCAGUAUGAAAAUGUAUGCACUCACUACUGUAAGUUGUUCUGGAUAUAAGAGCAUCUACUAAAAUGGAAAAAUUAUUAAUAGACCGUUUCAAUUUUCACGUAGAAAUAAGUUGCAAACUGGGCCUUUACUAGUCCUGUAAUAGAGAAUCUAGAUUCCUUUUCAGCAUCCCUCCUAGUAGGACAAGGCUUUCUGAAUGUGCACAUGAUGGAAGUUAAAAGGUAGCCUUUAUUAUAGUCAUGAUAUAAUAGUCACUAUUACUAAGAUGGCUGAGAGAGGAAGCUAUGUGACUAAGAUGGCUGAGAGAGGAAGCUAUGUGACUAAGAUGGCUGAGAGAGGAAGCUAUGUGACUAAGAUGGCUGAGAGAGAGGAAGCUAUGUGACUAAGAUGGCUGAGAGAGGAAGCUAUGUGACUAAGAUGGCUGAGAGGAAGCUAUGUGACUAAGAUGGCUGAGAGAGGAAGCUAUGUGACUAAGAUGGCUGAGAGAGGAAGCUAUGUGACUAAGAUGACUGAGAGAGGAAGCUAUGUGACUAAGAUGGCUGAGAGAGGAAGCUAUGUGACUAAGAUGGCUGAGAGAGAGGAAGCUAUGUGACUAAGAUGGCUGAGAGAGGAAGCUAUGUGACUAAGAUGGCUGAGAGAGGAAGCUAUGUGACUAAGAUGGCUGAGAGAGGAAGCUAUGUGACUAAGAUGACUGAGACUAAGAGAGUGGAAGUUAUUGUGACUAAGAUGGCUGAGACUGAGAGAGUGGAAGCUAUGUGACUAAGAUGGCUGAGAGAGUGGAAGCUAUGUGACUAAGAUGGCUGAGACAGAGAGAGAGGAAGUUAUUGUGACUAAGAUGGCUGAGAGAGUGGAAGCUAUGUGACUAAGAUGGCUGAGAGAGUGGAAGCUAUGUGACUAAGAUGGCUGAGACAGAGAGAGAGGAAGUUAUUGUGACUAAGAUGGAUGGUUUGUAUGAACUGUUUUUAAUAAAACAAAAGAAAAUGACUAAAAUAAAACUAAAAUGACUGUGACUGAAACUAGGCUAGUCGACUGAUAUGAACUGAAACUAAGAAGAAUUACAAUUACUAAAAUGGGGACUAAGAUUAAAAUAUAUUUUAAUCAUAAAGACUAAAUCUACAAUAGGUUACAAAAUGAACACUGAAAUUGUUGUAUUGUUCUGUGUCAGAGAGGAAAAGACUUGUACAGGAGAUUGACUGGGGGGGAGGGGGCUGUUGUAGGUUUUAUGUGUGUAGAUGUUUGCGUGUGAUGAUUGUGGCUGUGCAUAUGCACUUGUGUUUGUACACACAUAAGUAGGUUGGUUGUUGUUUGAAUGGGACUAUGCUCUGAACACAAGACGUCUAGCAGUGUUUUGAUGAACAAAUGUUUUUAACACUGAAAAUAACAGUAUGAAAUAAAGCAAAUGAACAAUA